AUGAGCGACUUUCCACCGCCAGGGACUGCCGUCACGACAAGGGGUUUCAGAGAAGUGUGCCAGGUUGAAGGCCGUACAUACUUCAGGAAGAGGGGUGAACAGGAGUGGACGGAGGACACUUCUAACCCGGAGGAGUCGAAGCCACCCGCCGAAAAUCCCCAUCUCUAUCUCUAUCUCGUGCAAGAAGAACAAUCCCCGGGAGAACCCAACCAUUGGGCACUCUUCCUUGCCGACGAGAACGAGCCUGAAUACGGCUAUGUUUACCAAGUCACGGGAGAUGCACAGAAUAUGAAAUACGACCCGUCGGCUGAUAAGAUCAAUGUUGUUGAUACUGGCCUUACUUCCAAUAUCUAUUGCCUGGCUGUUGUGUCUGAAGAUCAGGCCAGGGCGGCCAAGCUGGUGAAAUGGGCUGCGGAGCAGGAGCCUCCCCCACAAGCGGAGAAUCGGAAGUCUGUUACGGAGAAUUGCCAGGGGUGGACUGUGCGUGUUAUUGAUAGGCUGGUUAAAGAGAAAAUUGUUAUGCCUCAAAAGCUUCAGGUGGCAAAGUCCUUGAUGCAGGCCGUUUGA